AUGUCUUCUAAAACAUACAACGCACUUAUUUGUGAGACAUCUGAGAUAAUCGGCGAAGCAACUCAAGCAGACGAAGCGGUGCUUGAAGCGGGUGCCGCUGAAAAGUCGUCAUUCUAUCCGCUGCUAUCAGAACUACGAGUAAGAUAUACGGUUUUAAUACGACGAUUAGAUCAAGUGUAUGAUCAGAUUGUUCAGCCCCAAAAGCGCUUGAUAGUCAAGAGGCUGCUGGAAGCAUGCUUGGGGAGACUUUUAGAGGUUAAACAUGACUUGGUUGAGCUUAACCUUUCGGAUUACACGUAUGACGAUGAUGAGGCUUUGAAACGCCUUGCUGUAACUCCCAUGGAAGCAGAACCAUGUGUGCCGCAGUAUUUCGUAAGAGAAAGAGAGGAAGAAGUGUUGGAACGUCGUCAAUUUGUCACAGAUGUACUCCGCAAACUCGGUCAUGAACCUGUGAAGCCACAACCACUGGUUCUAACUGAACAACAGGCGGUUGUGAUAAUACAGAGCCAUGAAAGAGCCCGACAGGGAAGAUUGAGAGGGCAAUUUAUGAAAGAAAUUCGUUUACUAAAAGAAAAGGGAAGAGAUCAGAAAGGCGAGAUGUCUGCUUCAGCAGCUACCGCUAUACAGAGAGUGUGGAGGGGUUUCAUUGCAAGACGAACAACAAAGAAGAGAAAACAACAAGAACAGUUACUUAUUGGCAUGGAAAUGCCUCCAUAUAUAGAGUCUAAGGAGAUUCAAAGAGCAGAGGAGGUCAAACAAAGUCGUCGUCAACUACAAAAAGAGCGAGAGAACCAAUACCAGGAAGCACUUGUUAAAAUUGAAGAUCAGCUGAGAGCAAAAUAUGGCUCUAAAAUAAAUGAACGUAUUGGAGAUGAGUUGAGACGUUGGAUCUCUGAGUAUUAUGAGCGUACUGGACGUCUGCCAGAUUUUCCAUCAGAAGAUGCUGGUGGUAGUCGAACAAUGUUUAGUAGACAAGGUGUUGACAGCCAGUUAAGUAAGUCGUCACCAAUCUCAUCGAAAGACUCAAAAAGAAGUAAAGACAGCAAGGAGAAAAAGAGUAACAAAAGCGAAGAAAAUAAAAAUAAAGACAAAGAGGAUGCUGAGGAUCCAUACACAUUUAAAUGUACAACUUCUGUAUUUUUGAAGGAGAUAAUAAAUACCAAUGAAGAAUAUGAAGAUAUUUGGAAGUAUAGGGACGAUGAAGACGAUCAUCAUGAAAACCAUGACAGUGAGAUGAUUGAGCGUGAAAAAAUUGCGAAAAUUGAACUGGAAAUAAGAAACAGUGUUGACGAAAUGAUGAGAGCGGAAUUGGAAUUAUUACAAGCUGCCUUUGAUAAAGACAGGGCUCAUAAAGGCAAGAAGUCCAAGAAACCACAAAAAAAGGUACGACGUGGAGGUAAAAAAAACAAGAAAAAGAAAGAAAAAGAUUUAACUCCAGACAGAACAACAGAAUCACUUUUCGAAGAAUUGGUUUCUAAUGGUAUCAUUCGUCCAUAUCCAAUCGUGAGUAUAGACGACUUUAUUGGUGAGAAGAAUUUCGUUGGCUGUGAAUGGAGAAAGGAGGGACGAGAACCAAGUCCAUCAUUGGGUGAUAUACGACAGUUGGUGAAAGAAUAUUGCAUACUACCUCUAGGUUCUGAGUAUGUAAGGACUAAUGCCCCAGUAGUUAGAUCGGUACUGAUUACAGGACCUCCCGGAAGUGGAAAGAGAAUGCUUAUCAACGCAAUAUGCAGUGAAACAGGUGCUAUGCUGUUUGAUUUAACUCCAGCUAACAUAGUUGGAAAAUAUCCAGGUAAAACUGGACUAAUAAUGUUGAUUCAUUUAGUCAUGAAAGUAUCAAGACUACUACAACCAGCUGUUAUAUGGAUGGAUGAUGCCGAGAAGCCAUUUGUUAAGAAAAUACCGAAGACUGAUAAAACUGACCCUAAAAGGCUAAAAAAGGAUUUAGUUAAAAUUAUAAAAGGAAUCUACCCAGAAGACCGGGUGUUAUUUGUGGGAACAUCUCGAACACCAUGGGAUGCUGAGCAAAAGUUAUUAUUUCAAUGCUACUCAAAAGUGGUGCAAAUACCUCGUGCAGACUAUGGAAGUAUAGCCCUUAUGUGGCGAUCGAUAUUGCACCGAGCAGGUGCCUUAUCACAAAGACUUGACGUGUCUUGUUUAGCAAGAGUCUCCGAUUCAUACACAAUAGGUACAUUGCUGGCGGCACUCGAUGGAGUACUAACGACGAAACGAAGGCUCCAGCUACGAAUAAGAGCGUUGACGGCUCAAGAAGUGGCCGUCCAGCUUAGUACUAAAGAGCCUGUAUAUGCUGAGACUGAGAGUGCAGCUGAAGCGUGGUGGUUAAAAACUCCGAUGGAGAGGAGAAGAUUAAAAAUGCUGCAAAAACUACAAGAGCUGGAACAAGAGAACGAAGAGAAGGCUGCAGCCAUGAAAUAA